AUGCCAAGCGUAACCCUCCACAACCCCGAGGACAAGGCCGCCAUCAAGCGCGCCUUGCCUACCACCACCCAGAAAAUUAUCACUGCGACAGUGGCUCGACUCUAUGUUGCCUACCCUGACCCCAACUCGUGGACCUACUCGGGCAUCAUGGGAGGUCUUGCCUUUGUUCAGACAAAGUCGACCUUCUUCUUCCGCAUCGUGGACCUCAUGGGUUCUCGAGGAGUCAUUUGGGAACAGGAGCUGUACGAGAACUUUGAGUAUAACCAGGAGCGCUCUUUCUUCCACACCUUUGCGAUCGAUAACUGCCUGGCCGCCUUUUCGUUCGCGGAUGACCAGGAGGCAAGCGUCUUCUACAAAAAGGUCUCCAACCGUGAGACUCUCAAGAAAUCCAAGUCGUCGCCCAAUGGAUCGCCCAGCGCUACUCCAAAGUCGAGAAAGAGUGGCUUCUUUGGCAGCAAGAAGGAGAAGAAGGGCUCCAAGGGCAAGCUGGACAAGACCCUGAUUGGCCUUCCCUCGAACUUUAGGCAUCUUGGCCAUAUCGGAUGGGACCCCAACAAGGGCUUCAACGUCCAGAACAUUGAUCCGGAAUGGAAGAAUCUCUUUGAGCAGCUGGAUAAGAUGGGCGUCAGUCAGGAGGAUAUCCAGAACAACGCCGAGUUUGUGUCGCAGUUUGUGCAGUCGCGUGGAGGACCCGGUGCUACCAAGCCGGCACCUGCUGCACCUGCCAGUCGUCGUGUGGCUCCUGCAUCCGGAGGUCAUCAACAAAGUCCAUCUGGUGGGGCUGUCCCAUCUGCCGCAGUCAUGCCCAUCAUGAAGCCGACAGUCAAGCCUCCUCCUCCACCUCCCCCAGCUUCUCGUCGCGCUCCUCCACCUCCACCUCCAUCGCGUCUGUCGCGUGUCGCCCCUGCGCCACCUUCGCCAGCUCCACCAGCUCUGCCAAGCAGAGAGCCGGUUCAUGCGCCCGCACCUCCUUCGCCUGAACCUCCUCGUGCUUAUGCGCCACCAACUCCUGCACGCGACACUGCUCCUCCACCCCCCCCUCGCCCUUCGUAUGCGCCUCCCACCUCUCACCAGGCGCCUCCUCCCCCGCCUCCCCCUAUUCGUGGAGCCUAUGUUCCUGCCGUGGCAACGCCCCCUCCACCCCCUCCCCCAUUCCAUUCGUCUGGAUCAGGAGCUCCUCCUCCACCACCUCCUCCUCCUAUGGGUGGAUUCAACCAUGGCGGCCCUCCUCCCCCUCCUCCCCCUCCUCCCAUGGUAGGUUCCGGUGGCCCUCCUCCCCCACCUCCACCACCACCAAUGGGAGGCGCAGGUGGCCCUCCCCCUCCCCCUCCCCCUCCACCCAUGGGGGGCGGCGGACCACCCCCUCCACCUCCACCACCAGGCAUGGGCGGUAGUAUUGCGCCUGCCGGUGCUCCUCCCGCUCGUGCCAACCUCUUGGAGAGUAUUCGUGGUGCUGGAGGUAUUGGAGGGUUGCGCAAGACUAAUAGUGCCGACGGCUCAGCCUCGCGUAGCCCUAUCCCUCCCCCUCCUCCUGCAGAGGAAGAAGGCAGUAGUGGCGAUUUGGCCUCUGCCUUGGCGGCUGCUCUGCAGAUGCGCAAGUCUCGUGUUGCUGGAAGUGAUGAUGAGGACGAGACUGACGAUGAGAACUGGGACGAUUAA